GCUCUCAAAUCUCACAAACCUAAACACUGGGAUGAGUUCAAGAAAGAACGGAACUUAGUCUCUCGUCUCGUCAAACAAUCUCACAGUAGUUAUCUGAAUGACGUUAUUGGCGCAAGCUUAGAUACUAAUCCAAAGAAAUUCUGGUCGUAUGUACGUACAAGUAAAUCUGAAAGCUCUGGAAUACCUCCUUUAAAAUUCAACGACAAAUUAUGUGUUUCUGAUAAAUCAAAAGCUGACGCCCUUAAUUCCCAGUUCCAUUCAGUAUUCACCCGUGAGAAUGCUCCAAUUCCAAAUAAAGGUCAAUCUCCAUACACCUCCAUCUCAGAUUUGAUCAUCAACUCCCAAGGUGUAGCCAAGCAACUCUCUGAACUUGACCCCAGUAAGGCCUGUGGUCCUGAUGAAAUCCCAGCUAGAAUCCUUAAAGAACUUUCUCCAUCAAUUUCGCACUGGCUUUGUUUCAUUUUCCAACAAUCCUAUGAUUCUGGUACACUUCCACCUGACUGGUCAAAGGCCCUUGUUUCUGUUGUUUUUAAAAAGGACUUACAAUCCAACCCAGCCAACUACCGUCCAAUCUCUCUGACGUGUCUGUGUUGCAAAGUCAUGGAACAUAUCAUUCUUAGCCAUGUUUCAAAGCACUUAGCAUAUCAUGAUAUUCUAAUUAAUGAACAACACGGAUUUCGCAAACUAUUUUCGUGUGAGACUCAACUAAUUACAGCAAUCAACGAUUGGGCAAAAAGUAUCAACCAGAAGAAACAAACCGAUGUGAUUCUCUUAGAUUUCAGUAAAGCCUUUGAUUCUGUUCCUCAUCUUCGUCUGAUGUCCAAAUUAGACCAUUAUGGUAUUAGAGGACUUUCCGCCAAUUGGAUCAAGGCUUUUCUUUCCAAUCGCUCUCAAGUUGUCUCGGUUAAUGGCUCCCACUCUCACCCUCAACCUGUCAUAUCUGGAGUACCUCAAGGAACAAUUCUCGCACCUGUCUUAUUUCUUCUCUAUAUAAACGAUAUUUCUGAGAAUAUUAAAUCCCAAAUUCGCUUGUUUGCUGACGAUGGAAUCAUUUAUAGAGAAAUUAAUAACGAUCAGGACCACGUCACGUUACAAGAGGAUUUAGACAAUCUAAAUAAUUGGGCUAACAAGUGGCAACUAAAUUUCAAUUUCUCAAAAUGCUACCACCUAGGAAUUACAAAUAAACGUGUCCCUGAAACAUAUAGCUAUAUGAUGAAUAAUCAAAUCAUUAGCAGAGUAUCUUCUACCAAAUACCUGGGCAUUACUAUAAACCACAACUUGAACUGGAACAAACAUUGUGUCAUCAUAUGUAGUAAGGCAAAUAGCACUCUUGGCUUACUUAGAAGAAUCCUUGGUGAAUGUAGCGCUGCUGUUAAGUCAAGAGCGUAUACUAGUCUUGUCCGUCCACAACUUGAGUAUGCUUCUACAGUCUGGAACCCUUACACCAAGAGGAACAUCAACAAGAUCGAGAUGGUUCAACGCAGAGCUGCUAGAUUUGUCUUCAAUGACUAUUCCAGAGCUAGCCACGUCUCUCCAAUGAUCGACCAUCUGGGUUGGGACAAUCUCCAACAACGGCGACUGCUACACCAAGCCACUAUGUUCUACGAGAUCCAUCAAGGCCUUGUUGGAAUCAGUCUUCCUGAUGACGUGUGUCCUUUGACUAGAGCAUCCAGGCUGCCUAAUAUAUGUCCUUACCGCCAAAUUCAGUCGUGUGUCAAUGUAUAUAAGUUUUCAUUUUAUCCAAGAACAAUUGUUACCUGGAAUCACAUCCCAUUUAACAAUCUUUGCCAAUCAACCCCAAGUUUCAAAACACUUGCCAUGCCUUCAAUUAAGUCACUUAAUGUAGCUAAUUAG